AAUCUUCCCCCCCUCCCCGAAGCCUCUCCAAAUUUGCGGUAACGGCGAAGGCGGGUGGCACCGGCUGGAAAAUGCAUCUCCCCCGGAGCUGCAUCGUCCUCCUCAUCCAGGGGAGCAUCUCUCUGCUGGUGAUCUGUGGCCAAGAAGAACCGGGGAAAGGCUCAGAGCAACGUGAACCCAAGACCCAGGAGAGAGCUCAAGCGCAGAAGAUGAGAGGGCUGCUCUCUCCAAAGUCCCUGUUAACCCCAACCUUACUGCAGAACACGACCCUCCUGGAGCUGGUGAGCAGCUCGCGGGAGUUAUGGGAUAUCCUGGACAAACUGUCCGAGCAGGACCACGCUCCACACCCCAGAGGACAGAGGGACUUGGGGCCAGCCUCAGGCAAGCUGAAAAAAAUUUUUGGCUGGGGAGACUUCUAUUCCAAUAUCAAGACAGUGAAGUUGAACCUCUUGAUCACCGGGAAGGUGGUUGAUCACGGCAACGGCACAGUCAACGUCUUCUUCCGACACAACUCAACCGGGCAAGGGAACAUCUCCGUCAGCCUCGUCCCCCCCACCAAGGCAGUGGAGUUUGACCUGGAGCAACAGAUCUUCAUCGAGGCCAAAGAAUCCAAAAUCUUCAACUGCCGCGUGGAGUACGAGAAAGUGGAUCGUGCCAAGAAGACCACCCUCUGCACUUACGACCCAUCUAAGACCUGCUACCACGAGCACACCCAGAGUCACGUCUCCUGGGUCUGCUCGAAGCCCUUCAAAGUCAUCUGCAUCUACAUCACCUUCUACAGCAUAGACUACAGGCUGGUGCAGAAGGUGUGUCCCGACUACAACUAUCACAGCGACGUGCCCUACUACCCCUCGGGAUGAGGCGCUCUGCCCGUCGCAGGAUGCCCCGGUGACGGGCGGGUGCUGGGGGGGGACGAGGGGAGGGAGGGGACGGGGACGGUUUUGUAAGUGGGGGCGGGAGCACGAUGGUCCCAGGAACCAGGAGAAGAGGAAGGAUUUUUCCAUUUUCCCCAAAAGCUCCCGUGUUCAAGAGGAGGAAUGGGAGGCUGUGGAAUUGUACCGGCAUUGCUCCACCUGGAUCCGUGGUCUCUGGAGAGUGGGAUGGGAAGGCAGGGGCUGAACAUGGGAUACAGAAAACAGGACACAAAGCCACAGUCAGGACCUGGGUUUCUCAGCGCAAUAAUGGAUUUGCCUGGAUUUGGGCCACAUGGUCCUAAAAAGGUUGGUGACCCGGCAAAGAGGGCUCCAGCAGGAGGGAAGACCUCGGUGGGGGGGAAAAAAAGGCACCUGAUGCCCUCCAUGGCUGUCAGAUGUCCCUGGGCAGCCACAUCGUCUCCCCUGUGUCCGAGCUCUGCAGCACUGGGAGCUGGAGGCGAGUUUUCCCACCAGGGGAUGCCCAGGGCUACCAGGAUGGGACCGGGGAGUGGGGAUGGGUGGGAAGGACCUUCUGGGGUGCCACCCCCGCAUUGCUCCCACCGGGCACAGCGAGGGGUUUCAGGGACUCGAGAGCGUGGAUCUGCCGGCAGAGAGAUCCUGGUGGAAUCUGUCCAACCUGCUGACACAAUAUAUGAUUCAUGUGUUUCCCCUGACACGCUGUGAUUCAUGCCUUUCCCCUUCAUCUCCUCCGUGCUCCGUCUCCCCUGGCUCCCCACCGCCUGCCCCCCCCCUCGCCCGGACACAAUCCGGCUCCGUUCCCCAGGGCAAAGGUGCGUGCCCGUGUCCGUACGUGUGUGUGAAGUGGAGCUCUGAGCUGUAGCAUUUAAUUUACUUUGAAGGAAAAAAAAAAGAAAGGAAAAAAACAAACAAACAACCAACCUCACACUAAAACCACAACAGAAGGCUGUCCUUGAGAGAAUAAAGUUUUCACGGUGGCACGGAGGCAGGUCAAGUGUUUUCACCGAGAGCAAUUUCAGGCUCCUCAGGGGAGAAGGAAAAUAAACCUGGGGUUGUGGUUGAGGCUCCGUUCAGAUGCAUCUGAGUUUUCCCCUUCCAGUAUCUGGGGGGUGGGUCCAGCUUUGGGGGCUGCCAGGACUCAGACAACCCAGACACUGGGUUGCUAUUGCUUGUGCCUGGGCUCAUUCUGCCCCACGGAUGGGAAUUUCCAGCCUCCUGCCCUUCCCCACACAUCCAGACCUUAAGCUCCCGGACACGUUUAUGCGGACACAUUCCCUCCUAUAGAAGAGACCCCACAAAAAAAUAUCACCUUCCUCCCCAGCCCUUCAUUUUGCCCCAAAACUCCCUAUAUCCAGAGCACUGGGGCAGCUCCAAAAAUCCCCUUACACCAGGAAAACCCCAGCAGAGUUACGGGGCAGGUAUUGUCACCAGAGAGGGUUUUAUCCUUCAGCCUCCACAAGUCACGUUCCUCCUCUGCAGCCAGGAGGGAGGGAGGGAGCUUUGCCUCCCGGCUGCUGGCGAAGUUUCAUGAGAUGCACUUUCACAUCGAGAGAGAGAGAGGCCGGUUCCAAAAGGCAUCGAGCAAAGAAAGCCUUUUAGCACAAAUAAUCAAUGAGAAGACUUUUACUCCCAGAACAGAAAGUUUAAAAACGCUUUGAGAGCCCGGUUUUAGAAAAUAACAGGAGCAAUAUUUGAUAUUGGGGGGGGAGGAAAUCCUACCAGCAGCUCUCUCACAAAUCUACGUUCCCCAAGGGUUCACGCUUGCUUUAAGGAAAGAGCACAAAAAAACGGAGUUAAACCCCCUUUCUGCCAGCACAGACAAACCAUACAAAACCGGGCCACGCACAAAAAGUUGCUCAUUUGGAGAAAUUUCAGACAAUUGCCAUUUGAAGAAACAGAGCAGACAGCGGGAGCGGAGCACCAGGCUCAAAGGAUGCACCAUUGUCAAAAGUGAUGUGGCAGCCGCAGUUACUAGGAGACCAGGACGGGCCAUUAUUCAGGCUCGGGAGAAGAGGAUUCCUGCUAGUGGAGUCACAACCCGUGCUCAGGAAAACAAAAAAAUAAAG